UUCCUGUGCACUGCUAUUUUUGGCCCUCGUGACAGUAAUUGAUGGCUGGUGGAAAAGUAUAAAAGCAGCUGCCACACCUCCAGGUUCACCAGACGGCUCAGGGAGUGCUCCGGACAGUGGCUGCUUGUCCCCGCAUCCCACGCUGGACGUGGGGCUCAGACGGCUGGGCCCCCAGCCCUCCACCCUGAGCUCUCUGGGUCUUCCCAAGGACUGUCCUUGCUCACCCGGCGUCCUCGCUCUCCCCACGUUCCCUCAGCUACAGGUUGCCGCUCCCCAUCACCGGCAGCCAUGAGGUCCCGGCUACUGGUUCCUGUGGCCCACCUGCCCACGAUUCGGGAGACCUCGGAGGAGAUGUUGCCCGGGGGGCCUGGGCAGGAACCACUGGGCUCCCCCAGCCUGGAUGACUACGUGAAGUCCAUUUGUCAGCUGGCACAGCCCACUUCAGUGCUGGACGCGGUCACAGCCAAGGCCCAGCUCAGCAGAAUGCCCCAGUCAGCCCGGGCCUUCAAGAAGAGCUGCCCUACCGAGUCCCUACAGGACAUUACUCCCCGUUUCAGUGGCCAGCAGCCUGCAGCGCCCAGGGAUGGCACUGCUGACCCCCUGGACUGGCUCUACGGGGAGUCCCAGGAAAAGCGGCCAAGCAGGAGGGACCCAGCGAGGCGGACUGGUUCCUCUGCUGACCCCCAGGGCUCACACAGACACAUGGAUGGUGGCAAGGCCCAGGGGACCCCCAGAGGGAGACCCUGUGAUGCCAGGGUGCAGGGGCACUCUCUGGCAGGACCCUCAAGAGACUGGCACCAGGGCUCCUGGCCUUCCAGGCCACUCUGCGGGACUGCAGCCUCCCCCCCGCCCCCACGCCACAGCAGCACCCUCAGAACUCUCUAUUUGCACCUCCCGGUGAUCCAUGAACUCUGACCCCUCCCCAAUAAAGGCUUCCAUACAGAG